UCUCACCAAUCCUGCAGAGAUGAAGUACUUGGUGUUUGUGCUCCUGGUGGCUGCCGCUUGCGCUUCUGAGGUGGAGAAGCGAGAGGCGGAGCCAAGUCGUGCCUUAAGCUAUGGCCACGGUGUCCACCAUCACACCUACUAUCCCCGUACCUACUACCACUCCUACCACACCUACCACAAGAGGUCCGCUGAGCCUGAGGCCGAAGCCGAGCCCUCUUACGGCUCCUCCAACUACUACCACCCACACCACUACAUUCCCUCCGUCCACCACCACCACAAGAGGUCCGCUGACCCCGUUGCUGAGGCUGAAGCAGAGCCUUCUUACCGAGGAUACUACCGUCCCCAUUCCUACGGCUACCACAACACUCCCUACAUCCACCACCACUAUAAGAGGUCCGCCGAGCCUAAAGCUGAAGCCGAGCCCUCUUACAGCUCCUCCAACUACUACCGCCCAAGCCACUACAUUCCCUCCGUCCACCACCACCACAAGAGGUCCGCCGAGCCUGAGGCCGAAGCCAAGCCCUCUUAUGGCUCCUCCAACUACUACCGCCCACACCACUACAUUCCCUCCGUCCACCACCACCACAAGAGGUCCGCUGACCCCGUUGCUGAGGCUGAAGCCAGUUACGGCUACAGGUCGUACCAACCUGUCUACCACCACUCCUACCAAUACACCCCCUAUACUCACAGCCACUACAAGAGAUCUGCCGAGCCAGAAGCUGAUCCUAGUUUUAUCUAUGGCCACCACCAGUCCGUGUACCGUCCCUCAUAUAACGGAGCUCACUAUGGUUACGGCUACCACCACUAGGGUGCUGAGAGUUAAUUUGCCCUGAAUCCUAUAUCUAAGAGGUUUAUUUUGAAAAUUGAUAUAGUAAUAAAGUCAAUCUAAAUAUAUUUAGUUUAUGAUUUAAGAAUUCUGAUGAGAAACAGAGAAAAAGGAACAGAGAAACAUUUAUAAAUAUGAAAAUCAGCUAUAUAGGCAACAAAAUAACUCAAAUAACUAAAAAUAAGUUACAUGAGGCAUGUGUAUAGGAUGUUUGAUUAAAAAGUACCUUCAUAUAUUUGUGGAGAAACAUUUCUUUAGAGAACAGUACUGAUCCGUAUAUGAAAUCGUCAUAUUAUAUGUCGUAUAAAUGCACAAGUAUUGAAAACCUUGUUUCAUGUAACUUUUUUGAGUCUCAGAAUUUCA